AGGUUCAGCCAAGUGCGCAUGCGCGCGCUCGCAGCUGGGCGCUCUGGGGUCCCAGGCUUGGGUGGGCUCCGGCAUCCUGCGUCGGAAGGAGGGCGUAGUGGGACUGGCGUUUUCUCCUGCGUCCUCGACCCCGCCCCCUCACCGCUCAGCCCCGCCUCCUCGCCUCCCAGCCCCGCGCCCCUCGCCGCCGGGUCCACCUUAAGGGGCGCGCUGACAUCAGCAGCCGCCGCGCCGCCCGUGGGGUGGGAUUUCCUCCUCCUCUGCCGCCGCCGCCGCGGGUCCAGCGUCGAGUCCAGCCCGCCCCGCCAACCCCGGCACGACCCCGCCGGCCCCGCCCGUCAGGCCCCGGGGAGGGAUGCGGCGGCGCGGCGCCCAGGAUGCCCCGCAGCCCCGGGACGCGCCUCAAACCCGCCAAGUACAUCCCAGUGGCCACAGCCGCCGCGCUGUUGGUCGGCUCCAGCACCCUGUUCUUCGUGUUCACGUGCCCGUGGCUGACACGAGCUGUGUCCCCAGCUGUUCCCGUGUACAAUGGCAUCAUCUUCCUCUUUGUCCUGGCCAACUUCAGCAUGGCCACCUUCAUGGACCCUGGCGUCUUCCCCCGAGCGGACGAAGACGAGGAUAAGGAGGAUGACUUCCGGGCCCCGCUGUACAAGAACGUGGAUGUGCGGGGCAUCCAGGUCCGUAUGAAGUGGUGUGCCACCUGCCAUUUCUACCGCCCGCCACGCUGCUCCCACUGUAGCGUCUGCGACAACUGCGUAGAGGACUUCGACCACCACUGCCCCUGGGUCAACAACUGCAUCGGGCGCCGCAACUACCGCUACUUCUUCCUGUUCCUGCUGUCGCUCAGCGCCCACAUGGUGGGGGUCGUCGCCUUCGGCCUGGUCUACGUGCUGAACCACGCCGAGGGGCUGGGCGCCGCCCACACCACCAUCACCAUGGCCGUCAUGUGUGUGGCUGGCCUCUUCUUCAUCCCCGUCAUCGGCCUCACCGGCUUCCACGUGGUGCUGGUCACUCGAGGGCGCACUACCAAUGAGCAGGUGACGGGGAAGUUUCGUGGGGGCGUGAACCCCUUCACCCGAGGCUGCUAUGGGAACGUGGAGCACGUGCUGUGUAGCCCCCUGGCUCCCCGGUAUGUGGUGGAGCCGCCUCGGCUGCCACUUGCUGCUCGCCUGAAGCCGCCCUUCCUUCGGCCCGAACUUCUGGAUCGAGCCCCACCGCUCAAGGUCAAGCUUAGUGACAACGGGCUGAAGGCUGGCCUGGGCCGAAGCAAGUCCAAGGGCAGCCUGGACCGGCUGGAUGAGAAGCCACUGGAUCUGGGGCCACCACUGCCCCCCAAGUCGGAGACUGGCACGUUUGGCAGUGACCGGCAGACCCCACGCCCAGGCAGUGCUGAGAGCGCCCUGUCGGCCCAGAGGACCAGCCCCCCGACACCUGCAAUGUACAAGUUCCGGCCUGCCUUUCCCACGGGUUCCAAAGCGCCUUUCUGCGGGCCGAGUGAGCAGCCUCUGUCCCUGCAGGUCCCCGGCCCCAACUCCCUGACCCUGGGGGAAGACAGCAUCCACAGCCUGGACUUUGCGUCUGAGCCCAGCCUGGACCUCCCUGACUACACAGCUGGCGGUCUGCACACCGCCUACCCGCCGUCUCCACCGCUCAGCGCUGCCGACACCUUCUCGGGGGCCCUUCGAUCCCUGAGCCUCAAGGCCGCAGGCCGACGGGGAGGGGACCACGUGGCCCUGCAGCCCCUGCGCUCUGACGGUGGGCCCCCCACACCCCACCGCGGCGUCUUUGCCCCCCACGCGUUGCCCAGCCGUAAUGGCAGCCUGUCCUACGACAGCCUGCUCAGCCCGGCCUCGCCCGGCGGCCGUGCGCGUCCUGCCCGCCCCUCAGCCAGCGCGGCCAGCUACCGCUCGCCCUACCUGCACCCCGGGGCUGCAGGCGACCCUCCGCAGCCCCCGCCCCGCAGCUUCAGCCCAGUGCUGGGCCCCCGGCCACGGGAGCCCUCGCCUGUGCGCUAUGACAACCUGUCCAGGACCAUCAUGGCCUCCAUCCAGGAGCGCAAGGAUAGGGAGGAGCGUGAGCGGCUGCUGCGGUCUCAGGCGGACUCGCUCUUCGGUGACUCCGGUGUGUACGACGCGCCCAGCUCCUACAGCCUGCAGCAGGCCAGCAUGCUGUCCGAGGGCCCCCGCGGCCCUGUGCUGCGCUACGGCUCCCGAGACGACCUGGUGGCUGGGCCUGGCUUCGGGGGCGCCCGAAACCCCGCACUACAGACGUCGCUGUCCUCGCUGUCCAGCGCAGUGAGCCGGGCGCCGAGGACCUCCUCCUCCUCCCUGCAGGCGGACCUGGUCAACAACAACGCCCCGGGACCCCGGCCAGGCAGUGGCUCCCACAGGUCUCCCCUGCGCCAGGGCCCGCCCUCCCCACCCAGCACUCCCCGCUCGCCUUCCUACCUGGGCCCCAAAGCCGUUGCCUUCAUCCACACGGACCUCCCGGAGCCACCGCCCUCGCUGGCCGUGCAGAGGGACCACCCUCAGCUGAAGACCCCCCCAAGUAAGCUUAACGGGCAGUCCCCGGGCCUGGCCCGCCUGGGCCCUGCUGCCGGCCCCCCGGGGCCCUCCACCAGCCCUGCCCGGCACACGCUUGUUAAGAAGGUGUCUGGCGUGGGUGGGACCACGUACGAGAUCUCGGUGUGAGAAGUGACUGCCACCCAUCUGCUGUGGCACUACGGGGACCAGGACCCCCCAGCGGCUGCCCCCACCCCCAGACUUCUCUGCCCUGACAGAGGAGGCGGCCCAGGCCUGGUGUGGACACGUCAGCAGGAGCGAGAGCCACGCUUCCACAAGUCUGUCCCCUGUACCCCACCUGUCCAUCCCCUUGUCUGCACCCUGGGGCGCGGGCAGGCCGAGGGCCUCAGGCUGCAGAUCUGUGUCGGUGCCCCUGCUGGGCCUUGAGGGGGCACGGACUGCAUCUGUGUGGACUGCACCCAUGUCCCGAGGUUGUCACCAGGCCAGCCCCCACCACUCCCCUUGUAGAUGGGUCCCUGUGGCCCAGACGUGGACAGAGGGGCCUGGGUCCCUGGCCGUCCUCUGGACUGAGGGCCUGCUGCCUGGCUGACCCCAACCUGCUGCCUUUCAGGGACCGGCUGGAAACUUCUAGUUGGGCGAGGCCGAUUCUUCUGUGGGGAGUCCAGCCCUGGCCCGCAGGCACCCAGCUCCGGCGCUCCUCUGGGUUCUGAUGGACAGGGGGACGGACGGACGGACAGACGGACAGACUGCCAGCUGUGGGAGGGGUCCUGGCUCCACGUGUCCUGUCUCGCCCAGCCGGUGGGCGUGUCCCCGUGUCUGUGCGCUGAGCUGCCAUGCCAUGUCCCACGUGUUAAAGCUCAGGCCCCUGCUGCCCCCACUGCCGGGAAACUCGCUGUCAUUGAAGCCUUAACCUCUGCUUUAUGCUCUUGUGGGUGGCAACGGGGGCAGGCGGGAGCAGGCACAGGCGGGACACUGCUGCAGGGGCCUCUGAGACCAGGAGCCCUUUCCCUGCCAAACGAGAUUCCCUACCCCAAGGCAUGCAGAGUCGGGGCGCCGGAGCCUCGGCGCCUGCGUGGGAAGCACAUGGGGAGGGGGUCAGAGCUCUGCCUGGUGCCAGGGGCCCGAGAGUAAGCACACAGCAGCGUCUGCUUGCGUUGUGUCUGUUUUAUGUUUUUAUAUCUACAUCUAUAUAUCUAUAAUUUUAUUAAAAAAAGAAAAAGA